UCGUCUCACAUGGUUGUCCUACGUGCUCCUCUAACCCCUGUGCGCUGUUUUGUCAGAGAGGCCCCCCGGGCGAGCAGGGUCCUCCCGGGCCGCCGGGCCCCCCCUGGAGUCCCCGGCAUCGAUGGCAUCGACGGUGACCGAGGUCCGAAGGGUCCCCCAGGUCCCCCGGGUCCCCCUGGAGAACCGGGAAAGCCGGGAGCGCCGGGCAAGCCUGGCACGCCGGGCGCCGACGGGUUAACAGGACCUGAUGGAUCUCCUGGCUCUGUUGGACCAAGAGGACAAAAAGGAGAACCUGGAGUGCCGGGACCGCGUGGCUUUCCAGGCCGUGGUAUUCCUGGACUUCAGGGUCCUCCUGGGGGAGUGGGGCUCCCUGGAGAGCUUGGCCGUGUUGGACCAAUUGGUGACCCUGGGAAGAGAGGACCACCUGGCCCCCCUGGCCCCCCGGGACCCAGCGGAGCAAUUGGCUUUCACGAUGGAGAUCCACUGUGUCCCAACUCCUGUCCACCAGGUCGCUCAGGAUACCCAGGCCUGCCAGGCAUGAGGGGUCAUAAAGGGGCUAAAGGAGAAAUUGGUGAGCCUGGAAGACAAGGUCACAAGGGUGAAGAAGGGGACCAGGGAGAACCAGGAGAGGCUGGAGCUCAAGGACCUCCGGGAGCUCAAGGCCUGAGAGGCAUCACUGGGACAGCUGGGGCCAAAGGGGAAAAGGGUGCUCGGGGCUUAGAUGGAGACCCGGGACCUCAAGGUCUUCCUGGUGCACCUGGUGACCAAGGACAGCGAGGACCUCCAGGAGAAGCAGGUCCCAAGGGAGAGAGAGGAGCUCAAGGUUCUCGAGGAAUUCCUGGUCCCCCUGGGCCCAAAGGAGAUACGGGCUUGCCAGGUGUGGAUGGCCGUGAGGGGAUACCUGGAAUGCCUGGAACAAAGGGUGAACCAGGGAAACCUGGACCUCCUGGUGAUGCAGGACUGCAGGGGUUACCUGGGAUACCCGGAAUUCCUGGUGCCAAGGGUAUUGCUGGUGAAAAGGGUAACACAGGUGCUCCAGGGAAGCCUGGUCAGUUGGGGAAUUCAGGCAAACCGGGCCAACAGGGGCCGCCAGGAGAGAUGGGACCCCGAGGACCCCGGGGGCUUCCUGGCAGUCGAGGUGAAGUCGGGCCAGUCGGACCCCCAGGACCACCAGGUAAACUGGGUUCUUUCGGUAGCCCUGGCCUCCCCGGCAUGCCCGGCCCCCCUGGACUUCCAGGAAUGAAAGGUGACAGGGGUGUUGUUGGUGAACCUGGUCCAAAGGGUGAACAGGGUCCCUCUGGGGAAGAAGGUGAAGCAGGAGAAAGGGGUGAACUCGGAGAUAUAGGAUUACCUGGCCCAAAGGGAUCUGCAGGUAACCCUGGGGAGCCUGGCUUGAGGGGGCCUGAAGGAAGCCGGGGGCUUCCUGGAGAGGAAGGACCUCGAGGACCGCCUGGACCACGAGGCAUGCAGGGAGAACAGGGUGCCACCGGCCUGCCUGGUAUCCAGGGCCCUCCAGGUAGAGCACCCACAGAUCAGCACAUUAAGCAGGUUUGCGUAAGAGUCAUUCAAGAGCAUUUUGCUGAGAUGGCUGCUAGCCUCAAGCGUCCCGACUCGGGAGCCUCUGGGCUCCCAGGGCCACCUGGACCCCCCGGUCCCCCAGGACCCCCUGGAGAGAAUGGUUUUCCUGGCCAGAUGGGACAUCGUGGCCUCCCAGGCAUGAAGGGUCCCCCUGGGGCUCUCGGUUUGAGGGGACCUAAAGGUGACAUGGGAGAAAGGGGUGAUCGUGGCCCUCCAGGAAGAGGUCCCAAAGGUUUGCCCGGAGCGACAGGUCUCCCAGGUGACCCGGGUCCUGCCAGCUACGGGAGGAAUGGCCGGGAUGGUGAGCAAGGCCCCCCAGGAGUGGCAGGCAUCCCUGGUGUGCCUGGCCCCCCAGGACCUCCUGGCCCUCCUGGUUUCUGUGAGCCAGCCUCCUGCACCAUGCAGCUGGCCAGCGGGCAUUUAGCAAAGGUCCUGAUCAGCGAAAGGCUUAGCGCUGCACCGCUGUCGGCAUAAACCAUGCCUGGAGAAGAAGCUUGGGAGAGAAACACUACCUGAAGCCAAGGCAAAGGGACAGUGCAUCACCUUCAAGGUUAUUCCAGAAGACCUACCUGACAAUCAGAUUUAGAACAAUGGUGCUAUUCAAUAAAUCCUCUUUACUUUCCCAUGGAUGGGAGCCAGCAGAGCCGUCAGUGAUACAAACAAAACCCCUCCCUUGAAGUAAAUUACAAUCCUGUCCCCAGGAUCUUAAACCUUAGUGUGCUAUACACAUUGUGGGCCUCUGCGCCAAUAAACAAAAACAACGGUUUGGUUACCUCAACUGCGGUAGUUACUUUCAUUUUUAAAUUUAGAUCUUGUUCUCAUAUGUUGUUUCAGCUCUUCAGAGGAUUACCAGAGUAGGUACCAAGAAACCCCACUAUAGAUGACAGAAUUGGUGCUUAAACUCCCCAUCAGUGUGCUCUCUCGGGAGUUGCAGGGAAGGCUGGACCACGUGGAGUGACUUCCUUUCAGCCUUGGUGGUUUUCACAGUUGGCUUGGAUUUUUUCGGACUGUAUUGCAUCUCCAACCUGUUAAUAUUUUGGGCUCUUCUGUGUGAAAGCAAAGACGGAAUUUUACUGUCCUGCCAUUCAUAAGUUUUAUUGAUGAGGUUAUUUAUUUCUUUUAAGGUUUGAGGUAACAUCUCUGGUUGUACCAAAGAAGCAAUAAAUACGACUUCUUAA